UUCCAGUAUUAUUAAACUCAACUUGUAUUAUUUUUAGCAAAUAAUAUAUAUCAAAGUAGGGUCCUAAUGUUGCUGUUUUUAUUGUCAGAAAAAAACAGCAAGUUGUUGACAGUUCAGUUUUUCCACCAUGGAGAACUCAAGAAAGAACCUUACCCACAUUAUGAAGGUGGAGAGACGAGUGUUUACGACCAUAUUGACUGUAGUGCCCUGCUGCUUGCUCAUCUACGGAUAAUGUGUGAUGCUACAUCUGGGAACAAGGGGGGGGGGACUAAGUUUUUCUGCAUCAAUGAGGGGGUUGAAGAGGGUGAUUUUCACGAGGUUAUCACUGACACUAAACUUCAAGAGUUGUAUAGAGAUGCUCUAGCUGGUGAUAGGCUACUAAUACUAUAUGACUAUCCAGUUAAUGAUGUGGUUGAUGAGACAACUGGUGAAGAUGCCGAAAGUGAAAGCGAUAGUGAUAGUAGUGAUGGAGAUUGGGAUGAAAAGGAUUCGGAGUAUGACCAGGAAGAAUCUGAAAAUGACUAUGACUUUGCAGCUGAUGACAAUGGUGGUGUAGAAGGGCCUAAAAAACAUGAAGCAUCUACAUUAAGUGCAGGAGCUAAAAAGCUAUCUAAUUCUUCAGUUGGAGCUAAAAAGGUGCAACCUACAUCACUGAGUAAGGCUUACAAGUAUGAUGAGGGUAACUACGAUGACAACAGUGGGUCGGAACUGGAACCAGAUUCUGAGGAAGACUUGCAGAGUAUACAGGGAUCAGAUCCUGAAGAUGUCGACAUGCCUAUGUUGUUUCAUCCUAAGGACAUGGACAAACCACCCUUGAGAUGUGGACUAACAUUUAGUUCCCAGGCAGAAUGUAAGGAAGCAAUCAGACACUGGAAUAUUAGGAGAGGCAAAAGAUGGAGGUUCAAAAAGGAUGACAAACACAGAAUAAAGGUUAUUUGUCCUGAGAAGUACAAGAAGGAUCAUAAAAGCAAAACACUUAAGCAGUGUGACUGGAUGAUAUAUGUCAGCAUAUACAAUGAGUCCCCUAUUGUGACUACGCUUGUGACUCGGCAUAAGUGCAAGUUUAGGCAAAGAAAUAAGAGUGUGACAUCAGUCAUUGCCGGCAGGAUUUGUUCUCAGUUGGUGAAGGAUAACCAGAUCAUCACAACCAUAGAUUACAAGAGACUUGCAAAGGAGAAAUACAAGUCUAUUCUCACUAAAUCACAGGCUUAUAGAGCAAGGAGGAAGUCCAUGAGAAUUGUGUAUGGGAAUGUUGAAGAUCAACCUCCAGGGAGGCCAAAGAGUACCAAAAGGAAAAAGAGUGUUUCUGAAAGAAUAAUUGAGGUUGAUGGAAAACAGAAGCGGAGUCACAACCAAAGGAGACGCCCUUUCAUUGACCCACCAGAGGGGAUUGUAGACCUUGGCAGCAAUGUUGAUGACCUUUUUGAUGCUGUAAACCUUGGAGCAAACACUGAUGUCUCGUCUCCUGGCAAGAGGAAGCUUGGAGACCCUGAUGAGUCCAACUGCGAAAGGCUGGUCUUCAUGAAAGCCAUGUUGCGGAGGAAAAAAGGGCAUCAGUCUGGUUCUCUUCUUGGUGGUAUACAUAAGGCGAAACCAGAAGCGCUGCGUAGAAGCCCUAGGAAAACGCAAGCAGCUAGUUCAUCUCAGCCCAUACAAAUUCCCGAAAAUGUCAAGAUUGAAAAGGAGAAGGGCCAAGGAAGACAACAGAGUUUAUCUCAACCCAUCAAAAUUCUCAAAAAUGUCCAGAUAAAAAAGGAUAUAAAAAAGGGAAAACAGAAGACUGAUAACAAGGAGCAGCAAGAUGCUGAACCAGACGUAAUGUUCUUAGAUGAUCCUGUUCAUCAGGUGAAGCAACUACAAGGUGAAGCAACUUCUUAUGGUGUUUGUUCUAUGGCAGAAGGAUGA